CCGGCCGCCGCCGUCGCCGCCGCCCACCGCCGCCGCCCGGAGCCCCCGGGCACCACCCCGCCCAUGGCGCCACCCCACAGCCUGCUCUUUCGGAUCGGGUACCACCUGUAUACCCGCACGUGGCUGGGCUACGUCUUCUACCGGCAGCAGCUGCAUCGGGCACGGAGGCGUUUCCCCAAUGGCCACUCCACUGCCCAGCCCCACCUCUUCAAGGGGGUGAAGGUGCUGCCCGUCCCCAUCCUGUCUGACAACUACAGCUACCUCAUCGUGGACACCGAGGCGCGGCUGGCCGUGGCCGUGGACCCCGCAGACCCCCGAGCCGUGCAGGCCGCCAUAGAACAGGAGGGGGUCUCCCUGGUGGCCAUCCUCUGCACCCACAAACACUGGGACCACAGCGGGGGGAACAAGGAACUGAGGCAGAGAUUCGGAGCCUGUCGGGUGUACGGGAGUCCUCUGGACGACAUCCCCCACCUCACCCACCCCCUGUGCCACCAGGACGUGGUGAGUGUGGGGCGGCUGCAGAUCCGGGCUCUGGCCACCCCGGGCCACACCCGGGGCCACCUGGUGUACGUGCUGGACGGAGCGCCGUACGGAGGGCCCCCCUGCCUCUUCUCGGGGGACCUGCUCUUCCUCUCAGGCUGCGGCCGGAUGUUCGAAGGGUCGGCGGAGACCAUGCUGAGCUCCUUGGACACCGUGCUGGCCCUGGGCGGUGACACGCUGCUAUGGCCGGGCCACGAGUACGCAGAGGAGAACCUGGAUUUUGCCACGGAGGUGGAUCCGGAGAACUCGGAGCGGGAGAGGAAGCUGCAGUGGGUGCGGCAGCAGCGGCUGGAGCGGAGGAGCACGUGUCCGUCGACCCUCGGGGAGGAGCAGGCUUAUAACCCUUUCCUGCGGACCCACUGCCCGGCGCUGCGGGAGACCCUCGGCCCCGGGCCGGCGGGCGAAGACCCCCGGGCCCACCUGCUGCGGGAACUGCGACGACUCAAGGAUCAAUUCAAGAGCAAGUGACCUUCCGGUGCCACGGGAGCGGGGAGAGCCGGGACCACCACUCCUCCCUUUCCCGACCCCCGAAACCCUCCACGGCCUCUGGGACGGAGGCCUGGUUCUCCCCUCCCGCUCCCUCAGUUUCCCCUCACCCGCCUUGGGGGCGAGAAGCGAAGGGUUAGAGGCUGAGGGGCUGGGGAAUGCAGGGAAAGGGGGCUAUCCGGACCGGACCCUCUCCUUGGAAAAACGUGUGGAGUCUGAGUUAGGGGGUGCACAUUUUUGGGGUCCACCUACCGGCCUCAUUUCCCGCCCUCUGGAACUGCUUCACUUCUCCAUCUCCCCUCAUUUCUCCCAUCUCCCCCCCCCAGGUGGGGGGCCGAAGAGGAGGGCGGAAGCCCCUGGGCUUAAUCCCUCACAAUUGGGGAAAUAAAAACUGGACCCCAGAAGGAA